AAAAAGGGAGAAAAUGCACAAAAUGUACUUAUUAAUAUGAGUUUGGAAGACAUAAAACAUUUGUGAGCGACCUUUCUUUCUUUCUUUCUUUCUUUCUUUCUUUCUUUCUUUCUUUCUUUCUUUCUUUCUUUCUUUCUUUCUUUCUUUCUUUCUUUUUUUCUUUCUUUCUUUCUUUCUUUCUUUCUUUCUUUCUUUCUUUCUUUCUUUCUUUCUUUCUGGGCAUGCCUCGGUCGCGCGCGCUCUGGAGGUUGUCACGCAGCGGGAGCGCGCCCGGCUCAGGGGCGGGGCCGCGUGGAGUUACCGCAGCCAGGGAUGUGAAACUUGUCCCGGAUAUUUACCUAACUCUACCUGGCCUUCCCGACGCGCCCCGUCCCGAGCUCCUCGCGGCGGACGCUCUGAAGGAUAUAACCCCGCUCUCUGACGCCGCACCGCCGAGAAAGUGUGCUGGGAGCCAGAUCAACCCACCUGGAAAUUCAAGACAGGACACAUGUCCCCUCUCGGCGGCGAGGCGAGGGCGGCGUGUUUGUCUUGAGAGGGAGGCAGGGGUUACCGUGGUAACAGACAUGCCAAAGCCGGACCUGCUCUGCCUCGUUCAGCUGCUGGACGGCACCAUCGAGACCUUCAGAGUCAGCAAGCAGGAUGAAGGCUUGGUUCUGUUGGACCUGGUAUUCAACCACCUGGGCCUGCAGGAGAAGCAGCUCUUCAGUCUUCAGAUCAGAGAGUCGAACACCGCCAUCGCCUCCAUCACAGCCAACACGUUUUCUCCUCGAUGGUUAGAGCCAGAGAAGCCAUUCAAGAAGCAGAUAAAAGGUCUUGCCUCCCCCUUUUAUCUGAACUUCAGAGUGCGGUUCUUCAUCUCUGAUCCCAACUCUCUGCAGCAUGAGCAGACCAGGCACCUGUACUUCCUCCAGAUCAGGAGCGACAUCAGGGAAGGACGGUUGCGGUCCCCGCUGAGUGCAGCUGUAGUGCUGGCUUCUUACGCUGUGCAGUGUGAGUCCUGUCUCUCCUCUAAAAGAGAAAAUAAAAUGAUUAAUGAGGCAAUGAUAGCUGCCUUAGUAAUUACUCCUGGGAGGCUACUCUCUGCGCUUUUAUUUAGCAGCUUUCUUACACUAGCGAGACGUUGGGGUACACAGGCGUGUGCAGGUGGGGUUUUAUGUCUCCCUGUCGGCGCUCAGUGUUUGUUUCCAUCACCUGCAGCGGAGAUGGGGGAUCACUGUCCGUCCAGACAGCCGGGGUACCUCUCAAAAUGCCACUUCAUUCCCGAACAGGAUGAAGACUUUGUGUCUAAAGUGGAAGACCUGCAUCCGCAGCACAAGGGGCUUAAGCAGAGCGAGGCGGAGCUGUGUUUUCUCAACACUGCACGGACGCUGGAGCUGUACGGAGUGGAGCUGCAUGCUGCCACAGACACCAACGAUACACCUCUAAUGGUGGGUUUGGCCUCCAGUGGUGUUGCAAUGUUCUGCAAUAUGAUUUGCUCCAGUUUCUUCCCCUGGGGGAACAUCAUCAAGAUAUCUUAUAAGAGGAGACGCUUCAUUGUGCACCUAAAACGUAAACAUGGGGAAACCCAAGACUGUGAGGUGUCUCUAAACCUGCCCUGCCCCAAGACGUGUAAGAACUUAUGGCGGUCCUGUGUGGAUCACCACUCCUUCUUCUCCUCCAGCCGGACUGCCAAGAGCUCCAAAUACAGCAACAGCACAGUUAAGGGCUACAAGCAGCUCAUAACGCAGCACCUGGGCCUGAGCAAAACUGAGGAAGGUCCGGUGUACCAGAAGGUCGUAGGGGGGAUGGUGUGGAACCCGGUUCUGCGGAGGUCUAUUUCGUCAGAGCAUCUCGAGACCAAGAGUCUUCCCUCCAGAUCGCCGCCAUCAACCCCCAACUGGAGAAGUCCCCGAGUUCGCCAUGAAAUCAGAAAGCCCCGUCCGUCAUCGGUGGAGCUCAGCACGGACCUGAAAGACAUGUCGGAGGGGGAGGACGUCUUCUACACGUACAGGGCCUCCGUGGGCAGCAGCAAGGACAGCGAAGGAGACGCAUCGCCUCAGCACUUUUUUGGUGCAGGAUUUGGUGAAGACAGCACUGGGGAAGAAGACAGCCCGUUCCACAGCAAUGAGGAUGCUCUUGGUGACGGCGACCGGAUGAUGAUAUACAUCACUCCAGACCACGAGGGGAAAUUUGGCUUUAAUGUAAAAGGAGGAGUGGAUCAGAAGAUGCCUCUGUCUAUAUCUCACGUUAAACCGGACUCCCCGGCUGGUCGAUCUGAACCCAGACUGCAGGAGGGCGACCUGGUCCUGCUCAUCAACGGUCGGGACAUUUCCGAACACACACACGACCAGGUCGUCAUGUACAUCCGAGCCAGCCGAGAGUCGCACUCCAGGCAGCUGGCUCUGCUCAUACGACGUAAAGGUUCGGGCCGGGUCAUGCCUCAGGUGCAGCUGCCGCUCGCUGCCGUCUCGCUCACCGUCCCACCACAGGAAAACAAGCCUCAGUCACCGGGUCAGCAGGAGCAGGUCACCACGUUGGAGGAAUCCAUGGAGCAGCUAGAGAGAGGGAUACAGUCUAACACGCUGUCCUUCCAUUUUGAGAGUUUAUACAAGAGGAAGCCUGGUCUGCCCCUAAGCUGUGGACGGCAACUCGAGAACCAGGAAAAGAACCGCUACAGAGACGUUUUGCCUUACGACGACACCCGAGUGGUGCUGCUGGGGAAGGAAGACUACAUCAACGCCAGCCACAUCACGGUGGCACCCCCUGAGUCUGGAGUGUGUUUACGUUACAUUGCAGCUCAAGGUCCUCUUCCACAGACCUGCACUCACUUUUGGCAAACUGUAUGGGAGCAGCAGACGCACACCAUCAUCAUGCUUACAACUCUGACAGAGAGGGGACGGACCAAGUGCCACCAGUACUGGCCGCAUCCGCCGGACGUGAAGGACUACGGCCACUUGUCGGUGAAGUGUCACUCAGAGGAGUGCAACCUGGCGUACGUGACGAGGCAGUUCACUCUGAGGCACAAAAAGUUAGUUGAAGAGUUGUCAGUCACACAUCUCCAGUACGUGGCGUGGCCGGACCACGGCGUACCCGACGACCCCUCGGACUUCCUGCUCUUCAUCAGCACGGUGAGGGAGAGGAGGAAAGCCACAGAGCCGCUGAUGGUACACUGCAGUGCUGGGGUUGGGCGGACAGGUGUCCUGAUCACCAUGGAGACGGCGCUGAGCCUCAUAGACGCGGGUUGGCCGGUUUUCCCGCUGGACAUUGUGAAAACACUAAGAGACCAGCGAGCCAUGAUGGUUCAGACCACGAGUCAGUUCCAGUUCGUGUGUGAAGCCAUUCUUCGAGUCUACAAAGAGAAAAAGGAGAAAUCCAAAGCACCGUAAUCCGGAUCGACGACGGGACCAAACCAGACGCUCUGCUCUGCCUCUGUUAACAGGAGGGACUUCUGCAGAGAUCCAACAGAUUAAACUCUGCCAGGCUUAUGGCGCUGGAACACGCACUGGAUAAUGAGAGUGUAACAAGCUUCAGAGCACAGCUGUCUGCGAGGAGAGGGAGAAACAGAGAGUACGAAUAUUAAACCUAGUUGGCCUUAGUUUAUGCUAAAAGGUACAUUAAGCUUAUAUAGGCUGUGGUCUCCAUAGAGACCGAUGUAGGACUGACGUGAGCUGCUAAUUUCUUUUCAAGAGGCCUUUCAGGAGCGACACUUCGACUUGUUAAACUACAUGUGCCUUAGACUGAAGCUUCCCAAUCAAUGAGUCCAUCAACCGUCUGACUUGGCAGAGGCCAAGGCUGUGAUGUGUAGUUUAUCUCCGACUCCUGAGAUGAGGAGCAGCUCUGAUUUCAGACGGAUGCGGCAAGUGUCAGGUCAAGGAGGGAGCAGAGCUGUUUCGUGACUGCCAGAGGAUCACCAGAUUUACUGUUCAUCACUUUUUAAAUUAUUCAAACUCUAAAUAAAGUGACUGAUUUAUA